UAACUGGUUUUUAGACUAUUAAAAAUUAUUAUUUAAGUUUUGAUGGUCCAACUAAAAUUGACAUAUGUCAUUUAAAUUAUAUGAUUUUUAAUAAAUAUUAAGGAUAAACCUAUAAACUUUGUUAAGAGUUUUUCCUAUAUUUUUUGAAGUAAACGAAUCAUAGAAAUAUAUUCGAAUAUAAAUAUUGGUAUGAAAAGGCAAUAAAUUAUAUGAUAAUAGAAAUUUGAAGAUUUUGAAAAAUUUAGCGUAACAACAUUUAAAACAUUUCGUAUAUAUAGAAAAAAAUGUAAACCCUAUGACUCUUCUCCAAUGAAACUGGUCAUAUUUUUUUCAAAAAUCUUGAAAUCAUGACUACAUAGAGUUAUUUAAAUUAAUAGAUAAACCAUUUUAAGAACUAGAUCUUAACAGCUACACAAUAUAUGUUUUAAGAAAUAAUCUUUUUAACAACAACUAAAAUACAGUUAUAUGUUUCCAUAUAUAUCUACUUCUAUUUACAUAUCAAUAUCUUAUAAUUUCACAUUCACGCUUUCAAACAACCGAACAUCUAAUCUAAAGGUUUAAGUAACGAAUUAUUAAAUGCAGUCUGAGGUAAAAGUUGACUUUGGUGCCUCCUUUUUUUCUGAUAAAAAGAAACGAAAUAUUAAAGAGAGAUACCAGACUGACUAACAAAAACAAUUAAAAAGUGCAAUAAGUAAGAAGUUAAAAAGGAGUGACUAAGCAUUAAGUAAGAAUCUGAUAGAGAGAAGCAGAAGAAGGGCUCAUAUGCUUUGAAACACUGCGCUUCUCUUUCUCUCUCUAUUUAAGUCGUAUCCAUCCAACUUGUUUUCAGUCCCCUAAUCUUUAACGUCUCCUUCGCCAGCGAAUCAUCGUCGUCGAUCUUUACAUGUCAGCUAAUUUCGUCGCAGCAUAUAUAACAAAGUUCUUUUCUUUUUUGUAGCUGAGAUCGUCGAGUUCUUCAGUAUCUUGAUAAGAUCAUAUGGGCCUCGUCUGGAUUGAAAAGAGGUAAUGGGCCAAGAUCAGAGAAGCCCAGCAGUGAGGGAAAUGUCUUUUACGUUUUAGUAUUUAUGUUAUGCUUUGGCUUGUAAACAACUUAUCGAAUUACGAUCAUCAUAAUCAAAACGGGUUCAAUCCCUAUUUCUUCCUCUCUAUCUUCUCUUUUACCUUUGCUCUUCCUCAAUCUUCUCCCCUUUCUGUUCUAUUCAGAUAAGCUCAAUCCUGGGCUUAUCAUUGGUAUCAGAGCUCAAGUUCCUUUGACCUUGAGUUUUAAAAAAAAAAAAAAAAAAAAAAAAUAUGGUUUUCAGUGAGAAGCUCGAGAAGCUACUACAAUCAUUCAAACAGAUGGAUGUGGAUCGGAAACUGCGUGAGGAGCUUCGAAUGGACAGUCAGAGACUGCAUGAGGAGUUCCGUGAGGAGUAUCGGAAGCGGCGGAAGCGGCCGUAUGGUGAAUCUCAUCCUUAUAACGCUUUCAUCCCUAAAAGGUUUGAAGAUCUCAAGCUAAACGGAGGUACCAGGUUCAGAAGGAUUCCGAUCAAGCAAAACUACCACAGAUCUCGAUUUAAGAAACUGGAAAGUAAGUCACCUAGAAGAGCUCUUGAUUCAAAGGGUUGGUUAGAUCUUACGGGGCUUGCGACGUCUCAGAGGAGGUGUGUGAGAGUGAAGACUGUGAGGAUGAAGAAACAAUACCAUCAGAAGAAGAGAAUAGCUCAGGUGAAGCUUGCGCAAGCCUGUAAGAGCUUGGGAAUGUUCCUAGACUCUCCAAGUCUUAGAGAUCCAAAAGACUGUAUGAAGAUCUGUGUGGUUAAAAGGCAGAUUAUCGACACAGGAGUGAGGCGAGAGACUCAUCUCUUCUGGUAUGAGUUUACUUCCCAUGAGCCUACGUAUAUAGAAGGUCAUGUCGAUACGAGGAUAGGAGAUCAAAGUAUCUUCGCUGAGGAUGUUGAAGCGCUAGAACAGGAUGAUUCUGAGGGUGCGAUGGAGUUGUUACAGGACGUAACAUCAAUGGAGUCUGAGUUGGAGGAACCGAGCGAGCAUAAGAGCAGGGAAGAGCUCUCUCGAAGUGGCAAACAAGGUUUUCAUAAGGUUCGGUUCAAAGCUAGACUUCACCGAAGAAGUAAAGCCUCAGCCGAGAAAGUUACAAAAGGUGGAGAACCGUUCAUGAUGGGAAAUUCAGAAUCAUUUCACACUGGAGGAUCAAAAUACACAAGAAGGCUCACGGUCAGAUGGUAUUAUCAUAAAGUCAGGAAGCGUAAAGAGCAUAAACUGGGUUUUCAUACUCAGAAUGAGCAUUUGAUACAUGACAGUAGUCAUGAGUAUCCAACGAGAGUGCCAGGAAAGAACGUUUACGAUGGAAGUUUUCAGAGUCCACAACUGUUACAAUCUCUCAAGAGUUGCAGGAAGAUUUACCAGGUUGCUGAUAGUGGUAAUCUACAGGCCAAAGAAAAUUGGAAGUCACACAGAGGAGCUCAGCUAGAGUUGUCUCUUUUUGGUGGUAAAAUAAAAAGUAAACCCCCCGAAGGUGUUUCAAGUACCAGAAGAGAAGCACUAGAGUAUAAAGUCCCUGUUAGAAAUACUGAUAGGCUUAAUGUGGAGAUGUUGGUUGAAGAUAAGACUAAAAAUUUCAGCUUCUCUAUGUGUUUGAAGAAACAGACCUGGAGGUUAGUGAAGACUUUUUGUGGGAGACAAUGGUCUGAGAUUUGUUUGGCUGUUCGCGUGUGGAAUCCUGGAGUUUAUAGUGAGUUCGUCAAUAAGGUGCAAAACAAUGGAGCUGAUAGAAAUGAGAGUGCGUGGGAUCCAGGAGGCGUAUCAAACUGUAGGAAUGUCAAUGGGAGAACUUGGUUAAACUAUUCUGAAUACUUGGAUUCAACUGAACUGGUUGAGCUGAUGACUUACCAGAAUGGAGCCGGUGCAGAAGAGAUACGAUCCACCAGAUGGUUGCAAAGAGUUCAAGGGGAACCAGGCCCAGCGAUGAUGUUAAAUGAUAACAUUAAACAAGGUCAAGUUCAGUGGCUGUGGCUAACAUCACAACAAAAUGGCGAUAUUAUUUUUGGUUUGGGGAACGCUGAAACUUCAGAGCUGUGUGCGAGAGUGGACGUUUCGGUCAUACAUAGCAAGGGUCAAGACAAAGAAAGGAACGGAAGAACUGAGUUGUACAUCGAGGUCAAGCGUGGGGAUGUUCUUGGCGCUUUAAGAUCACUUGGGAGUCCAUCGACCAUUUCAAGUGGGGGAGCGGAGAUCACAGUUUCAAGUGUUGUCUUAUGGAGCCUUGAGGACAAGGCUGUUCCUCGACCGGGGAGAAAGCUGAUAUAUGGCCAGAAGAUGAUAAAGCGACAACACAGUUACAAGAGGACUUCCUUGCUACCUUCAGAGUUUACACAUGGAAUGUUCCAAUCACAAAGGCCACCAGAGUUGUUAUCCAGCUAUUGUAGGAAGAUGACUAGCGAUACUGAAAUGUUAGAGAGCGUGGAGGUUAUGAGAAAGAAGACUGGAAGAGAUGGUUGCUCAAGAAGGGCGUGGAACAAUGAGAGAUGUGUCAUGAGUUGUGAAAAACGAGUUCAGCUUUUUGGGAUGGAGUUUGAGUUUCUGCCUGCAGUUCUUGAAGCUAAUUUCAUGGCCUUCAUAAACACUAAAGGCGUGAGAGUGAACUUUAGAUGGACUUUCAACUACAUGAAUGAUUGGUUCCAUUCACCGAGACCGCCAGAAACUUGCCGUACGUUAAAGUGGAAUCAGGUAUCACCUCAUCAAAUGUAGGUUCUUAACACAAGGGCAACGGUUACAAGAAUGGCUUAGCUCAUUGCCAACUUGAGGACAAGUCGGAUCUUCAUCGGGGGAGUAUUGAUAAGAUCAUAUGGGCCUCGUCUGGAUUGAAAAGAGGUAAUGGGCCAAGAUCAGAGAAGCCCAGCAGUGAGGGAAAUGUCUUUUACGUUUUAGUAUUUAUGUUAUGCUUUGGCUUGUAAACAACUUAUCGAAUUACGAUCAUCAUAAUCAAAACGGGUUCAAUCCCUAUUUCUUCCUCUC